GCUUCGUAAAGUUCUGGGGUUGUGGGGCUGUAUUUUCGUGGUGUUUGGUAGGCCAGUGGAUUUUUGCUUCGUCUUAUCUGUACUGAGGGGUCACAUUAGACAACAUACAAAAAAUAUCGUUUUGUCAAAAAAAAAAACCAAAGGUGAAAAUGGAAAAAACUUUCGUCUGCUGAUCAUUCUGCCUAACACGAGAAAAGAUUACUCCAGCCAAUCGGCAAGAACCCAUUUUUCAUCUUGCGAUCGCACAGUUUGAUGAUUUCGCGAGUUCUCCGGACCCGUGCUGCUGCUUGUAACCAAUGGGCAUACGGCAGCCAUGGAAACCGUGAAGAAUUCUAAUUGUCAGUUGGAACAAGCAAGUGUCGAUUUGAUCCCAGACUUUCCAGUGUUGCAAGAUUACCCACAAAGCGAAUUUGACAGAUUGAUAGAGAAACCAAGUCAUCAGCAUCACUACGAAUCCGACGAUCAAGGAAUUUGUCUUAGCGAAUCUUUAUCUGAAUCAUCUUCGGCGGAAGAGCUAAAUACGGGAGACGACGACGUGUUUGGUGAAGGCAUAUCGUAUGAACUAUUUGAUUUGGUUGAAAAGUUAAUCACCAUGGCGUUGGAUUUACGCAAGAAAGUGGAUAAAGGGAAGGGACUGGCGGAUGGCAACGGUGAAUUCUCCGACGAUGAUAAUACGGCCGUCGCAUUGGAUUUGACGGCUUCAUCAGCUAGAAAACCCCCACUUGGUCCACCUCCUCCGUUAACUCCUCUUUUCCCCCCUGGCCCUUCUGACGCUAUCAGACAGGUCACGGCACAAGAAAAGGAAAUGCUACGACAAUCUUAUUGCAGAUUGGUACGUUUUCUGCGGCUGGAUUUACCCAACAUUCAACAAUUUACCGAAGAAUAUCGUGCUAUGGCAUUGAAACGACUGCAAUCUUUCCUUUUUAUGUACUUGAUUGAAGUCAAAAGAAAAAGCCCGGCAGGAAUUAACAUGUUUCAAGAGUCGUUCGGCAGCGAUUUGGCAAUUCGUCAAUUUUUUCGGGUUUUCCUCGGAAAAUCAGAGCAGUUGACUAGAAGUUCGUCGUUACCUGGUGGCGCUGUCAUCCGUCCAGCCAGAUUUGCCAGUAUGGACGACGGACCGCCACAGGUUUUAUGUCGCGGUCCUCUUGGCCAUGAACGACUUGUUAGAAAUUCGAGUUCCAACAACGCGCCUUAUCCACUCCGGCGAAGUGAUUCGGGUCACCAUCCGUACGCCAGUGGAUCAACUUCUCAUGGACAUCGCGGUACACAUUUGUCACAUCAAUCCAUCCAUUCUUACAGUAGCCAACAGCAAAGCUAUUCACAUCCGCCAGCGCACUUGACAUAUACCAAUUCUGCGACAUACCAGCCACCGCAAUCGAGUCAUCAACAGCAUCCUCAACAACCAUAUGAUAAUUUUUCACGAGAUUCUUUACCGCCUUUUCUCGAGGACCAGCGUGUAGAUGUUCAGGAUGUGAUCCACCUCGUCUGUCAGCUUUUCCCAAUCAGCGAUGCGGUGAAAGGAUUGGGACCUCAUGACUACGAAGAAUUAUAUGGACAACCCUUCUUUCAACCACCGAGUCCAUCAAUAGACAAUCUCAUGACGCCUUCCCCUUCACGAUCAUCGUGUCACACACCGAAUUAUGCGACGAGCUCCGUCGGUUCCAUUCCAGGUUCACCGGCCAGCCCUUGGCAAACAAGAAGCUUCGUUGAUGGCUCUUUGGCUGUAUCUCCGAAUUAUGUAUCAUCGUCCUCUAAUUCUCCAUUUUCAAAUGUCAUGUCACCACAGCUCUCUUCGGCUAAUAGUAGCCCAGGACCAAGUAGCCCGCUGCCACGCUCAGUCGAGAGGCAAAUGGUGCGGAUGACUAUCGUAUCGUCUCAACCACCUCCGCUUAUACCUCUAAAUAAACCCACUCCCUCGUCAUGGCAACCUGCAGUUAUUGCUCCAAAGCCCCAUCCACAGAGUGCUGUCGUCAUCGCACCGAAACAGUAUUCUCCGGGUCCUUCUGUCAUUGUACCGAAGCAGCCAGCAAGUCCUGCAACAACUGUUGCCGCUAAGCAACCUACAAGCCAAUCAUCUGGAUCAUCAUCACAACAACAAGCAAUCAAACCGUACCCAACGGCUCAUGAAGAGAUGGCAACAAGUAUGAAUCCACUUAUUAAGGAACAGUCUAUGCGCCAAGUGGUGAAAUCUACACUCGAAACGCUUACGCUGGCGGAUCAUGAUGGCGACACUCCAUUGAUGGUGGCCUGUGCGAAUCCAGCAUACAAAAUCGAAGAUCUCUACGCUCUAUUGGAACGUCUCAAAAGUCAUUCACAGCCGGCUAAAGUCUUUUGCGCUAUGAAUAACAGAAGAGAGACUGCCUUGUUUUUGGCAGCCAGUGAACGUCGUCCGUUAGUGGCGGGUUACCUGGCCGAGACGAUGAGCGCUUUGCGUAUACCUUUAAAUCAAACAUAUGAAAAGGGCAACACGGUCAUUCAUUAUCUGGCAAUGUGGGGCGACGAUUAUAAUGAGGUACUACGCUAUUUGGUACGUGUUCGGACUGUAGAUAACAAACUGGCUUUCGACCUUAAUGCACGAAACCAUACAGGACGUUCUGCUCUCCACGAAACUGUUAUGCUCUACCAGGCGAACGAUCCAAUCGGCGAAAAUUUUAUCAAAAACAUUAAGUUGUUGUUGGAACAUGGGGCAGAUGCUGGUCUAUCGGAUAUCACGAGCGGCAAAACUCCGGUUCACAUUGCCAUCGAGAAACGCGACCCAUUUCUUCUUGAAUUGCUACUAUCGAAAUGUCCGGGCUCGGCCAACGCUCCCAUGUAUAACGACAACCGGCCUCUGCACAGCGCCGCCACCCUGACCGAGGUCACGGACAUGCAGCAACUCGAGCUGGUGAACAUCUUGCUCAAGUAUGGAGCUGACAAGGCAUUACGCAACAAGGCAAAUAAGCUGCCCAUUGAACUUGUGCAGCAGGAUCGGGAUCGGGUUAAAGCUGUUCUACAAGCCCGAUCGCGUCAGAAUUAUACUUGAAAAAACGAAACUUCCACGACAGAUUCUGCCGCACGCGCCAAAUGAGCACAGUUCAAUGACAGUUGCCAUGCAAAACUACCUACAAUAUAAUUUUUUUAAAUUUUAUUUUAUGUUUGUUUAUAAAAACUUAUGUGUUGCCUUUUGAAAAUGUCCGUCUAUCAUUGCCCUUUAACUAUCCAGAGUCUGCAUUUAUUUCAACUUUGUUAUAAUGUUGAAGCAAUUUAUAGUUUUCUCUUUUUUAAAUUCUUAUACAGAAAGCAAUUACGGAAGCAUGUUGCGUCCAAUGGAAUCAAUUGUAGUAAUAAAAAAAUGAAAUAAAAAAAAAAAGGAUUGUGGACGUACGUUUAGUUUCCUAACUAAAUUGAAACGUGCGCCGUUUUGUUGAUGCGCCAUUACCACAUUUACGGGUGGGAAAAUACGUUGUGCUUAGAAAACGAUUUUAUCAUCUACCUUUAUUGCAUGCGUGCCAUCGACUUGUACAGAUGGCACGUAAACCCUUCCGUAAAGAAUGGCUCAGUGAAGGGUCGUCGGUAGAAAAAUACAGACCUCAAAAAUG